AGUCUCUUUUUUUGAACUGUAAACCGAUAAACGUCAAUUUGAGGGUCGUGAAUGUCAAUGCGGCAGUUGUCAUUAAUUUUUCAGACUUUUAACGUGCUAGAUAAUCACUUGAAAGUUGUGUUCUUCUCAUAUAAAGUGAUAUUUAAAACUAAUAAAUUCGAUUGCCAAAAACGACUAUUCUGUGUAUUUCCACCGCCCAGAAACAUGAGCACGAUAAGGUUAUGUGACUAUGACUGCGUCGGUUUCGAUCUGGACAAUACUUUGUUGCAGUACAAUAUCACAAAUUUGAUAACAUUGGAAUACCAACUGUUGGUUGAUUUCCUGGUCGACAUGAAGAAAUACAGCCCGAAGUAUUUAAAGGAACCCUUUACAGAAAAGGUAAUGGACUUCAUGCAGAAGGGCUUAAUUCUUGAUUUCGAUCGAGGAAACAUUUUGAAGCUUGACGCCAGUGGUAGGAUUUGGAGAGCCAGUCACGGGACUAAAUUGCUUACACUCGAAGAAUUAGAAUCUACGUAUCCAGGUCUGAGAUGGGAUGUUACAGACAAAUUCUUCCAAGAUAUGUUCUCCACCUGGAACGGAGAACUUUCUCUGAAAAUCAGAGCUCUUUUGGAUUACUUCGAUAUGCCAGUGAGUCUCAUUUUUGCUAAAAUUGUUGAUACUCUAGAUGAGGAACAGAAACCAAGUGUCUACAAUAUCUGGCCUGAUAUUAUGGAGGGUUUGACACACAUCUUCUCCAGAGAACAAUUUCAAAACAACGGCGAUUUUUUUUCUGCUCUGAAAUCAAACCCAGAAAAAUACUUGCACCUCUGUAGUUCUGACACGAUUUCAUGGAUUCGUGAACUGAAGAAGAAGAGAAAAAAUUUCUUGAUUACUGGAUCGAACGCGGAUUUCAUUGACUUCACUGCUGGUUAUGCAUUUGGAAAAGACUGGAGGUCUCUCUUUGAUAUUGUCGUUUGCUAUGCCAAGAAGCCAGGAUUUUUUGUUCCAACUGGGAGAGAUUUUGUUCCAACUGGGAGAGAUUUUCUUCCAACUGGGAGAGAUUUUCUUCGUCUUGAAGGAUAUGAAGAAAAAUGUACCAUCGAGGCGAAAGAAUUGAAAGAAGGGGGAAUCUAUAGUCAAGGAAACUGGAAGGAACUUACGGAUUUUUUUACGAGAAUUACGGGAAAAAAUAAUCCAAAGUGCUUGUACCUCGGGGACAAUUUAAUACAGGACGUUUAUGUUCCAAAUGCUUUUCGUGACUGUGAUAUCAUCGUUGUCGUUGAUGAACAAUUGGCGGAAAAAAUGGUGCAUCACGAACUUUCUCAUUCUGACGAAAUUAUUAUUAAUUCCAAAUUUUGGGGCUCGUAUUUUUCUUUAGAGGAGCCCGAGGGUUACAGAGAUUCCUAUUGGAAUCAUAUUAUCAGGAAUCAUUCAAAAGUCUGUAUUCCUAAAGUUGAGGUUAUUGCCACAAUUCCCUUGGAUCAACCGAUUGAGUGUUUUGAUAAGGAGACGAAGAACGCAAACGGAUAUUUCCCUGCCAAGCCACUGUCUUUACAUGUUUGAUUUUUUUUUCUUUCGCUUCUUAUUUCAUAUAUCAUGUCUGUUUCUAAACACAAUAGACUUUCAGUUUCCAUACUUCGUAUUCUUCAGUUCUGAGUUCGAAGAUUUAGUCAGAACUUCGUACUUUGAAAAAAAAA